ACUACAACGGACGCAACAUAGCAGUGUGGUCUUUAGGUCUGCGUUCAUCUCUCAUUUUACGUGUGUAGUAAUUCGCCUAUCGUGUGACAAACUGAAAGUUUAUCAAUUCUUCAUGUCGGGAUACACUCGACUCGUCUCGGUGAACUUUGAAGCUUUCUCGGGAUUGGCUUAGUUUAGCUCGGUCGUUAGCUUCGUUUGCUAGUUAGCUUAGCUUGCUGGCUGCAAACAAAGAGACGCUGAAGUGAUCAACACAUCGCUCAGCACAGAUCAAGUGUGGGUGUACAGUUUUGUGUUUAUGCGAAAAUGUGCGAAAGAAAGAUAGCAAAGUACGAGGAGGAACUUUCUCGAUCAAAAGAGGAGAACAGGCGACAACUUCAAUUACGGGACGCUGUUUUCCAGAAACAUCAAGUUGUGUCGCAUGGAACAGAUGUCCAGCAACUGAUUGGAUGUCGAAAAGAAAAGGGGGGAAAUUCCACUUCAAAGCAGAAUGAUCCAAGUCCCCCUCCUCUUGAAGAGGAAGAGGAAGAUCCACAGCCCUCUUAUUUUAAUGAUGAAGAAAAUCACCCACAUUCCCCUCAUGUCAAAGAGGAAGAGGAGGAGCAACAGGCCCCCCACUGUAAAGAAGGAAAGGAGAGCAAGUGUCUUCAGGGGCAGGAGGAGGCUGAUCUCACCAAGUUUCCACUGACUGUUGUCUGUGUGAAGACUGAAGACCAUGAAGACAAACCACCUGAGUCCUCACAGCUUCAUCACACUCCAAACAUCCAGCAGCUGAUUGUUCAUCAAGAAGAGCCUCUCUCUCAGUUGCUGGAGGUGAGCUCCCCUUUGAAGCAGGAGAAACCACAGCCCCCCCACUUUAAAGAGGAAGAUGAAAAAGUCUGGAUCACUCAGGAGGGAGAGUGUCUUUUAGGGCAGGAGGAGGCUGAGCUCACCAAGUUUCCACUGACUGUUGUCUCUGUAAAGAUUGAAGACCAUGAAGACAAACCACCUGAGUCCUCACAGCUUCAUCACAGUCCAAGUGAGGAGAAGAGGGAGGUGGAGCCUCCAAGCAGCAGCUCACCACAACACAUGACAACAGAAGAUGUCCAGCAACUGAUUGGACGUCAGGAAGAAAGUCCCCCUAAGCCCCAUGACCAGGAGGAUCCACAGACACCCCCCCUUAAACAGGAAGAUAAAAAUCCACAUGCUCCUCAAUUUAAUGAUGAAGAAAAGCACCCACAGAACCCUCAUGUAAAUGAGGAACAGGAGGAUCCACAGCCCCCCCAAUUUAAAGAAGAGGAAAGAGAGUGUCUUCUCGGGCAGGAGGAGGCUGAUCUCACCAAGUUUCCACUGACUGUUGUCUCUGUGAAGACUGAAGACCAUGAAGACAAACCACCUGAGUCCUUACAGCUUCAUCACAGUCAAAAUGUCCAGCAGCUGAUUGUUCAUCAAGCAGAACCUGUCUCUCUUUUGCUGGAGGUGAGCUCCCCUUCGAAGCUGGAGGAACCACAACCCCCCCACAUUAAAAAGGAAGAGGAGGAAUUCUGGAUCACCCAGGAGCAAGCUUGUCUUCUAGGGCAAGAAGAGGCUGAUCUCACCAAGUUUCCACUGAAUGUUGUCUCUGUGAAGACUGAAGACCAUGAAGACAAACCACCUGAGUCCUCACAGCUUCAUCACAGUCCAAGUGAGGAGAAGAGAGAAGUGGAGCCUCCAAGCAGCAGCUCACCACAACACAUGACAACAGAAGAUGAUGGAGACCACAGUGGAGGAUCACAAGCAGACAACCUCUUAGCUCCACUAUCAGAUAGUGACGACUCAACGUCACACGUUAAUGUAAAUAUGGAAUCACACAUGAAAACACACAUAGGGAAAAAACCUUUCAGUUGUUCCAUUUGCGGUAAAAUAUUCUCCCUAAAAUGUAAUCUGCAGAUACAUAUACAAACACACACACGAAAAAAAACUUUAACUUGUUCAAUUUGUGCAAAAGGGUUUGUGAGAAACUCUGAUAUGACUAAACACAUGCGGACACACAUGGGAGAAAAACAUUUAUUUGGCUCGAACUGUGGCAAAAGGUUUUCUCAGUGGAGAAGGAUGCUGUCACAUAUGAGAAAACAUACAGGUGAAAAACCUUUCAGUUGUUCAGUUUGCGGUAAAAUAUUAAUUCACGAAUAUAAAAUGCAAAGACACAUGAGAACGCAUACAGGAGAAAAACCUUUCAUUUGUUCAGUUUGCGGUAAAAUAUUCUCUGAUAAAAGUAAUAUGCAAAGACACAUGAGAACACAUACAGGAGAAAAACCUUUCAGUUGUUCAGUUUGUGCUAAAGGCUUUGUUACAAACUGUGAUUUGACUCGACACAUGCGGAGCCACACUGGUGAAAAACCUUUCAUUUGCUCAAACUGUGGCAAAAGGUUUUCUCAAAGGGGAAUGUUGCUGUCACAUAUGAGAACACACACAGGAGAAAAACCUUUCAGUUGUUCAGUAUGUCGCAAAAGGUUUACUGGAAAGGGAAUGAUGCUGUCACACAUGCGGACACACACAGGAGAAAAACCUUUCAUUUGCUCAAACUGUGGCAAAAGUUUUUCUCGGAGGGGAACAAUGCUGUCACAUAUGAGAACACACACAGGAGAAAAACCUUUCAGUUGUUCAGUUUGUGGUCAAAGAUACUCUGAUAAACGCAAAAUGCAAAGACACAUGAAAACACAUACAGGAGAAAAACCUUUCAUUUGUUCAGUUUGUGCCAGAGGCUUUGUUACAAACUCUAAUUUGUUUCGACACAUGCGAACACACACCGGAGAAAAACCUUUCAUUUGCUCAAACUGUGGCAAAAAGUUUUCUCAAAAGGGAACGAUGCUGUCACACAUGAGAACGCACACAGGAGAAAAAACUUUCAGUUGUUCAGUGUGCGGUAAAAUAUUAUCUCACAAACGUAAUAUGCAAAGACACAUGGGGACACACACAGGAAAAAAACCUUUCAAUUGUUCAGUGUGUGUUAAAAGAUACUCUGACAAACGCAGUAUGCAAAUACACAUGAGAACACAUACAGGAGAAUAACUUCCUUUUUGGGAGUUUUCAUUGAAUGGACUCCUGCAGAGUCACUAAUGGUCUACUGCGGUUCUUCUCUAAAGUCUGGACUUUAUUCCAGAUCUGGACCAUACAUCUGUUUGGACCCUGUGGGCAACCAGCCAGCCCACCUUUUUUUUUUAUAAAUUACAAAAUACUGUCUAUCUUUUAGGUACUGGUUAAAAAUAAAUAAAUAUUUGCCAUGUUAAAAAAUACAAUGUUUUUCAUUACGAUUUUCCCAGAUUCUUUGAAGGGGAACUACUUUUUUUUGUGCCUAUCAUCUGAAACAAGAACACAUGUUUUUCUUUUUUUUAUAAAUUCUAACUUGUAAAUAAAUGUAUGUGUAUAUGUAAUGUAGUAACAGGCACAAUCAUAAUAACAUGUCAUAUUUAUCUAUUUUGGACGUUUUAAUCAUUACCGGAACAUUUUGGUGGCGCAUUAAUUUCACAGACGCAUCACAAUCGUUGCUAUUUCCUUCAACAAAAACUACUACUAAUCUUCAUGAGAGCCAAUAAAGACUACUUUGGGACAAAUGAUAAUCUACAACAGACCUCUGAGCAAAAUACAGCCCACUGGCCGCAUACAGCCCAUUAAGAUUUUCAAUCUGGCCCGCCGGACUUUACCAAAUAUUUUUUUUGGACCUUUAACAUCGAAACUGUGGCCGCCAUUAUGAUGUGCAAUGCUGUUUUCAAAAUACCGUGAGUCUUGAACUAUACAAAGUAUUUCAAGGGUUGGAAUCUGCACUUUUGCAUGAUUUAUAAUUUAUUACAGUAAUAUACAUCACAGCAGCUCAGACUCUGCAUCAAGCAGUGUGGGCGGGGUUUGUUUACACUUAGUGUUUCCAGAGCGGCCAGCCUGAACAACGGAUGUCAGGGACAGAUGCGGACGCGGAUUUUUACAACAAAGUUCUGCUGAAAAGUGAUAUUACAUCAGAUUGUAAGUGUUUUUUUACCCUUUGCGUUCAUAUUUCAGUGUUUGAUGCAUUUUUGUUGCUUUUUGCUUUAUUGUAAAAUAUGUCGAUCAAGGAGGUGGUGUGAGAAGUAAAAAAAAGGAGUGACGUUUGUAUGUUGUUAAUAUUCAGUGUUUUAUCCUUUAUAGUUAAUACUGUAAAUCCCACAUUCUUUAUUUUCAUGUACAU